AUGGAUUCUGUUAAAUGCUUCAUUCUGAGCAGUUUUGGAUCAUCGCCUCUGAGGUGCCUUCGAUAUGCAUUUCUUGCGAUUACGAUUGAGCGUUUUCUUGCUAUGUGUUGCUACCAACAUUAUGAAAAAUGGAAAUAUCCAGUUGCCCUUGCUUUUAUGCCACUUACGUGGUUCGAAAUAGCAUUGAGCAUCAGACGUAUAGUAUUGAUACUCUACAAAAGCCAGAACACAUAUAAAAGUUACUGUUCAUCGAUUACCAGCAGCCCUAUUCCAUAUCUGAAAUUUGUAUUGGAAAUACCAGUAUUAAUCGGCAUAUUACUGUUACUUCUUUUAACACGUAUUAUCAGCAAGAGAAAAAUGAUUCUUCAAAUGCGAGCAUCAGUUGAUAAGUUAUCAUCACGAUAUCAAAUCUGGGAAAAUAUGAAAACGUCGAAGACAAUGUUUAUAGCAACAAUAAUGUUUAUUAUAAGUUCCUUCCUCAAUCGGUUUGGAACGCUAUUUUUGAUAUAUUUUCCUCCGUCUAACAUCUUGAAUUUUGCAAUUUUCAAAGAAAUUCUAAGUUCUGUAAUUAUAUUAUUUAUCAAUGCCAUAUCGAUUCUAUUGAUCAUCAGAGUGGAAGAGAUGCAUAAUAAAACAAUUAAACGAUUACUUCAUUUUGGAUGCGGUCCAUCUAAUAGAGUAGGAGAACAGACGAGUCAGUCUUUGGUAGGUCCACGACACAUCGAAAUUAUCGAGCAAAUGUGGGAAAAAGAAAUUCGCAAAUGA